GAGAUUUAAUUACCUCCACCUUCCAUAAUAUAUUUGCCUGCCUGGAACAUUUCAUGACGUCAUGUCACAUUUUGACGUUUUAUGUUUGACAAUUUCACAUUGACAAUUAAUUACUAAAUAACAAUGUAAUCUAGUAUCCAAUUCCAACUAACUAGCAUAGUGAUUAUAUGCUCUUUGCUAACUAGUUUCGUUGGGUUCGUUGAGAGAUUGGUCAAGCUUGACGAAAAUUUAUUUCAAUUUUCAAGUCUAAAUAAUGUAUUCAUGUUUAUAGUAUAAGACCACAGCAGCACUACAGGCAAGAGGUAAAAUGGCUUUAUACGAAGGCAUCGCGCUCAUCCAAGAGAAGCAAGCAGUGGUACUCGAUCUCGGUUCGGAGUAUACCAAGUUUGGUUUCACGGGCGAGGCAGCACCUCGCUGCAUCAUACGCUCGCAGUUCUGGAGUCCUGAGCUGCGCCGGUUCAAAAGAGUUUAUGAUUAUGCCAACGAAGAUGAGCUGUAUGACAACCUAGUGCACAUGCUGCAUCUACUCUACUUCAGACAUGUGUUGGUGAACCCUAAAGAGAGGCGUGUGGUUGUGGCCGAGUCACUGCUGACCCCCACAGCUUUUCGUGAGACUCUUGCCAAGGUGCUCUUUACACACUAUGAGGUUUCUGGCGUCGCGUGGGCUGACAGUCCGCGACUGUGUGCACUGACACUGGGUGCGCCAAUAGUGCUCGUCGUCGAGAUCGGCGCUCGCGAGGCCGAGGUCUGUGCAGUAGUCCAUGGGUCGGUGGUGCUAAAAGCACUGCAGGCAGCCCCAUUGGGUGCUUUAGCGGUGCGCGCCGAGCUUGCGCGCAUUCUUGACGAGGAUAACAAAACAGAAUUGAACCUGGACCCGACUGUGCUCGAAGAUAUUGCAGUAAAAACCUGCCUAGUCACGACGCGCGAUCGAGCUCUACAGUGGGCUUCCGAUACCCCACCAACCCCGGCCAAGAGCGUGCGCUACCCGCUCCCUUCCGGCGGCGCCAUCACCGUGUCCGGGCGCGCGCGCGAGCUAAGCGCCGAGCCGCUAUUCCUGCGUGACAACGAGUAUAGCUCGCUGCCCGACCUGCUGCUGCAGUGCAUCAUACAGUGUCCCAUCGACGUGCGGCGCGCCCUGGCGGACAACAUGCUGGUAUGCGGCGGCGGCGCCGCGCUGCCCGGCCUGCGCGCGCGCCUCAAGGCCGAGCUGCAGCACGCGCUCACUGAGCCCGUCUACAGCGAACGCCUCCACUUGACGUCACUGAAGUUCCACAACGCUCCCGCGCACGCGAACUGCGUAUCGUGGCUGGGCGGCGCGCUGCUGCUGGCGGGCGCGGGCGGCGGCGCAGGGGACGCGGCGCGCGCGGCGCCGCGCGACGCCUUCCUGCGCGAGCGCCGCCUGCGCGACUGGGUGUGCCUGCUCGACAACACGCCGCCGCACCAUCCCGCCAGGGAGCACCACCAGAUCUAACGCGGGCGCCGCGCGACGCCUUCCUGCGCGAGCGCCGCCUGCGCGACUGGGUGUGCCUGCUCGACAACACGCCGCCGCACCAUCCCGCCAGGGAGCACCACCAGAUCUAACGCGGGCGCCGCGCGACGCCUUCCUGCGCGAGCGCCGCCUGCGCGACUGGGUGUGCCUGCUCGACAACACGCCGCCGCACCAUCCCGCCAGGGAGCACCACCAGAUCUAAUGCCUUGCCUUUAUACAUAGAUAAGCUCAAAUAGUUGAUUUCUCCAAAUCCGCGCUGACCACCCAACAGGGCCCCGCCACGUGACUACUUUUCACGUUUUCACUGCCGCCACUUGAAGGGCUAAAGCAGGCCAUGAUAAAACAGCAAGCCAAGUUUACAUAUUUGCAUUUGUCUAAAGCUUUAAUGUAUUUUUUUUUAUGGUCGUUAAGCACGAAUAAUUUCGUACGUUGACCCGCCAUUUCCUAUCUCUAUCGCACGCGCAUAAUUAUAUUGCUUUGCCGCUCGCAGUGUCAUUGACCGCUGGGCUAUGGGCGGGACAGCAACAUAAUUGCACACGUGCGAUAGCAAUUGGAACAGGGCUACAACCGCGAAAAUCGAAGUUCGUCAAUUGCGGGCAUUUUUCUGUCACUCUAACUACUUCUUAGUGAGAGUAAAAAAGAAAGAUCCCCGCAAAUCCUUAAUUAAAGAUACAAUAGCUAAUUACAUUUAUAAAUACUUUAAACAAACAGAUCUGAGUUGUAACUGAAUGUAUUUAUCCGGGUACAGUCAAGGUCGCAAAAUUACAUUAUCAUUAAUAAUUUAAUUAUUUAAUGCCUUCGCUGUACCAUAAAGUAAUAAUAAAUAAAAAGUAUGCUGCAAUCAAACAUACAAUAAUUAGUACACAUACAUUAAGACUAAAGGCAGAACAUCCUAAUUAUUGUUGUUUGAAUGCUUUCUUAACAUCAUAUAUCGAGCAAUUAAAUAUAUCGACUUCAGACAGUUUUGAAUUAUUAUUAAAUAACUUGCAAGCACGCCUGACAUAAUUAUUAUGUGCAUAACUGGUUCUAGUUUUAGGUAUUGCGAACAGCUCCCUUUUGCGACACAUACGUUGUCUUUUGCGAUAAUAAUUAAAUAUUGAUUAUCUCCGAAAUUGAGUUAAUUAGAAUACCGGUGUCUUUGAGAAAGUUACUUAAUUUAAGCUCAGGGAUGCACCCUUGAAAUUAACGAAAAAAAAAACACGGUGUAUAGCUUGAUUAUACCACGAGUGCCUGGGGGCCUACCGGGAAAAUCGAAAUUCGCAAAUUGCGGGGAUCUUUCUCUUUUACUCUCACUAAGACGUAAUUUGAGUGACUGAGAAAAAUGCCCACAAUUGACGAACUUCGAUUUUCGCGGUAGGCCUCCUGAACUCGUCUUCUAGACUUUAUUAUUUAAAAGUAAUGUAACGUUAGACCUAAGGUGAAUGAGAAUAACAUAGCAUCUCCUACCAGUCCUAUACCUAAUGCUUAACUAUUGGACAAUGCACAUGUUUUAUUUAUAGGUAAUAAUUUAUUUAUGAAAUAAAAUACAUUAUUUAGCACGU